AAUGACCUCUCCUCCAUGUUCAGAUGGGCUGAGAAGGCAGAAUUGGUCCCUCUGCACCUUCUCCUUCGCUGGCUGGGUAUUGAGCUUAUCACCUGGUUUGGUUUGGUUUGGUUUACCAGUAUUUGCCAUUCACCUUUGCAGCACAGGGAAUGAAUGACUCACGUCUGGAUUCAGAAGGGAGCUGAUGGGUUCAGAAGGGAGAAUAAAGAUGACAGACCUCAGCAGGAAUGUCCCGAGUGAAUGGAACUGCAUGGGAUGUUAUCAGGAAGCGCCAAAGGGGAACUUUCCCAGAAUCGUGAAAAGGAAAAAGCCAGUGAGAGUCAGUCUUAUAAAUGCCCCGACUGUGGGAAAAGCUUCCACUGGAGCUCACGCCUUGCGAUUCAUCGGCAAAUCCACACAGGAGAGAAGCCACAUAAGUGUGCCGACUGUGGGAAAGGCUUCAAUUGGCGGGCACAGCUUAUCACACAUCGGAGAUGCCACACGGGAGAGAAACCCUUUACAUGCGAGGACUGCAGGAAUGCGAGGACUUUCAUGCGGAGCUCCAGCCUUACUGAACACAAGAGAAUACACAUGGGAGAGACACCUUACAAAUGCGACUAUUGCGGGGAAAGAUUUGCCUGGAGCUCAGCCCUCGCUGUACAGAGGAGAAGCCACACGGAAGGGGAACCCUAUCGAUGUAAAGACUGUGGGAAAAGCUUCUGCAUGAGCUCGGAUCUUAGUAAACAUAGAAGAGUGCACACGGGAGAGAGACCCUAUACAUGCCCUGACUGCGGGAAGAGCUUCAGAGUGCGCUCAAACCUCAUGGCACAUCGGAGGAUCCACACCGGAGAGAGACCCUAUAAAUGCCCUAAAUGUGAGCAAAGCUUCCGGCAGAGCUCCACCCUUCUUAAACAUCAGAGACUACACUUGCAAGAGAGGCCCUAUAAAUGCCCUGAGUGCAGGCAAAGCUUCUGUGUCAGCUCAGCCCUGACUGUUCAUCGGAGGAUCCACACAGGAGAGAAACCUUACAGAUGCAAAGGCUGUGGGAAAAGCUUCAGGAACAGCUCAUCCCUUAUGACCCACCAGAGGAUCCACACAGGAGAGAAACCCUAUAAAUGCCCCGACUGCGGGAGGAGUUUCAGCCAGCGCUCAGCCCUAUCUGCACACAGGAGCAUCCACACAGGAGAAAGACCCUAUAAAUGCGACUGUGGGGAAAGCUUCAUUGUGAGUGCUGACCUUCUCAAGCAUCAGAGAAUCCACACGGGAGAGAAACUCUACAAUUGCAAAGACUGUGGGAAAAGCUUCUGUUGGAGCACCAACCUUGCUGCCCACAGGAGGAUCCACAGGGGAGAGAAUCCUUAUAAAUGCCCUGACUGUGGGAAAAGCUUCACGGGUAGCUUAACCCUUAUUACGCAUCAGAGACUGCACAUGGGAGAGAGACCCUAUAACUGCUCUGAUUGCGGGAAAAGGUUCAGUCAGAGCUCAGCCCUUACUAAGCAUCGGAGAAUCCACACAGGAGAAAGAAGAGAACUCAGGAUGACAUGUUCAGUGAGAUCCUGCAAGCCAGUGCUGCAUCCGAUGGUGAACAGAGGGCCUGUAGGAUGAAUAUUGUAGACUGUGUGGCGAAGGAAAGAGUGGACAGGAGAAAGGCGCAGGAAAAGCAGAGGGAGAUGCACUAGGACAUACUUGGGCUUCUCUGGCAACAAGCACAGAUGCUGCAGACUCUUGUGGACCUACAACUUCAACAAACACAGGCUCGCCUCCCUUUGCAGCCCAUGGAGAACUCCGGGAUAGCACCUCCCUACACCCCUCCUCAACAUUCCACAUGACAUCAGGGGCUGCAUCCAUAGCCCUACCACUCCGGGGGACAUUAAGGACAACCACAGCAUCACAUACAUCAACCGUAGCUCUCAACAGCUGCAAAUUUUUCAAGUCUCCCUCCUCCGUCCCAAAGGCUAUCUCAGAUAAGGCGGCAAAAAAACACACACAAGAUGAAAU